CGGCGCUGGUCUCCGUCAUGCUAACUACAGACACUCUGCUGGACGCGCGCAAUUGACGUUGUCCGCAGCCAAAAUUCGCGUUUGUUUGUGUCUAAAUUAGUCCGGGCUAAGAUUACGCUGGCCAAGAUCCGCCCAAUUUCAGCCAAUCGCCCUCGCUUCAACCACUUGCCCUCGCUGACCUGCGUGGAACCUUGCACUCUUCGAUCAGCUCAUGUGACUGUCAGCCGCUCUCUAGUCUUUAGUCACAAAGGAAAUCUUAGGAAGGAAGUCAGACGCAAUGACCGGCAGCUCCGCCGUCGUGAAGGCGGUCGAGGGCUUCUUCGCCCCCAAAGCAGCGGCUCUAGACGAGCUGUCGCUCUUCAGGCGGUUCGAGCGGGUCCCUCCGUCCUGGGCCGCCUUCCAGCAAAAGCUCGAGCUGCUGCAGCAGGACACGAGCUCCGACACCCCUCGCAACAUCAAGGUGCUGUACUUGGUGCGCCACGCGCAGGGAUUCCACAACGUGGCGGAGCAGAAGUACGGCGUCGGGCGCUGGGAGGACGAGUUGGCGCGCUCGGACGAGUUCCUGGAUUCAGACCUGACACCGUUCGGGGUCGAGGACACCAGGGCCAAGGGCCCGCCCAGCGUCAAGGCCGAGCUGGAGCGGGGCAUGCCCAAGAUCGAGAGGGUUGUGGUCUCCCCGCUCUCGAGGGCGAUUCAGACCGCGCAGAGAUUCUUCACCAACGACCAAGUGCCGGACAAGCCGUUCCUGUGCAUGGAGAACUGCAGGGAGGUGCUCGACUGCAACACGUUCGACAAGAGACGCCCGCUGUCCGAGAUCAAGCGCAAGUUCCCCGACGUCGACUUCUCGUUGAUCGCCCACGAGCAGGACGAGCUGUGGUCCCCCACGCACCACGAAACAAACGACGAGAUCCGCGACCGAGCGAGGAACUUCCUCUCGGAGCUGUUCGACGCAGUGCCUGAGCGCUACGUGGUGGUGGUGUCGCACGUCUGCUUCAUCGAGGCUGUGUGCGCCGUCACCAUGAACACCCCGAUCCAGUUCCGCCCCGACAACUGCGAAGUCGUGCCGCUGGUACUCGAGACCACAUGACCGCGGCGCUGCCUUGACAGGCAUCAGUCCUAAGUAGCUCACGGACCCCACGAGCUCCUUAAAACUUUAUCCACAGCACAGAUAGCCUUUAACACUCCGCUAUUCGCUCAUUUCCACCUUCACCCUCAUAUUCGCUCUGUCUUCUCCAUCGUUCUGAGGCUGAUCAACGCCGUCCGUCCAUUGUGACUCUUCGCUAGUCUUCGCUACCGAUCCCCGCGGCGGAUCCACGCCGUGUAACCCAGCAACGGUGGCAAAUACCGACUCGAACGCAACGGAGAAGACCAUGGGCAGUCUGCUGAGCAAGUCACCGCCUCCGCCUGCGCCGGAGCAGAAGCGGAUCCUGUCAAAUGGCAGCGAGUCCAAGUCUCCGACCGCAGCUAGCGGAGAGCCGCUGUUCCUUGACGAAGUGAAGGUCGAGCCGGCCGUCUGGAGCGAGGAGAGUCUCUGUCGGACGAUUCAACGCUUCUUCGGGCUGCUACCAGACUCACCGGUGCGUGAUAUCAAUUCACUCAGUAGUUACAAGUAUUCCUCGCUAACGCUCGCUCCGGGUGAACAGGGAGAAGUCCUGAAGAAGGAGCAGCAGUAUCCCAUGUUCAGACGUCGCUCAGCGUACGAUCUGCUGUCGAUUGUCUGGCAUCAGAGCUUGGUAAAUGCUGACAAAUUGUUUUACUUUCUGAACAGAGCGUUCGUGUUUAAUGUUGGGGCUCGUAUGGGUGUCAUCCUCGUGAUUCAACGGCUCUAUCGGCGAUAUCGACGGAUGCGAAGCUGGCACGAGGUGGGUGACCACAUGCUGCAACUUGCUCGGGAUCGACUGGCAGUUCAGCGGGCUCAGGAGCAGGAAAACAUUUCGGCGGCGAGCUUUCGGUUGUUGCUGGUCGAAGGGUUUUCAGCUAGCAAGGUUUGCAUCUCGGGGGCUCUGAAGACGAUCCAGCUCCAACUUGUCCUGAACACCGAGGCCGGCGAGUGCUAUUUAACGUGGACGCCGUCACGGAAGAAGAAGCCGCGGAUUAAUUUGCGUGAGUAUUGUAUUGUACGUCGAUGCUGCAAGACCACUGAGUUGUUGACUUGUAUCUUUCAUUACUGUAGACAACAUCGAGCAGGUCAUCCCAGUUCGGAAGGAAGGAAACCCAGAAGCUCCGCGGCUGUCGAAGAAAGUGAGCCACCGCCGCGGGAUAAUAAUUGUGUGUCGAAGUUACCAUCGUGGCAGGGUUGUGCUCGAACUUGCGACCAAGGGGGAGCGGAACCUUCUGCUGCAGGGGUUCCAACGACUACUGAGCGAGAUGAUCUCGACAGAGCCGACUCUGGACGACGUUGGGGCUCUUCGCAGCCAGCACCCGCGGCGCCAAAGUGUCUUCGAGUUCUUCAGCACAUCAGAGGAGCCACUGCCUGCCACGACCGAGGGGAGUUCCCCCCACGUGAUCGUGACCAGUUUGUCCCCAAGAAGGGGAUCUGCCGCUGUCUAUCGUCCAGAACCGCUCCCACCUGCCUCCGAUGAUCUUCCUCCGCAAGAUGCUUUCAUCAUGGCAGGUUCAGGUAGGACGGACGCCAAGUCCAUCGAGCAUUUUUACCAGACCCGCUUCGAUGAGUCGCCCGACAUCGCCGUUUCCAUCCCGUCCCAGCCAUCGCGAAGAUCCAGCAGAGGUAUCGAAGCCCGACACUAAAGGAAGGUUAGUAGUGGGAUCUGGAUUGAGUGCAGCCAUAAGUUAAAUCCUAUUCACGCGUUGCAGAAGUCGUCGUUGCUCAUCUAUUGAAUUUCUCUAGUCGACUUUGGUAUACUUGACGUUCACGGGGAAGCUCUUCCCGUCCCGCUUGCUAAAGCUAGGGCUGUGUAGAGGCACAAACCAGUACGGGAGCUCGCGGAACGUGCCAAACACCUCCUGGAAGUUACGCAGGAUGCCCACGUUGUAGUAAUUGAUGUACUCGGGGUCGUCGCG